AUGGUCGUUCAACCGAUACAAUCUGUACAAGUUUUCGGGCGUAAGAAGACUGCAACUGCUGUUGCUUACUGCAAAAAAGGGAGAGGUUUAAUUAAGGUGAAUGGAAGGCCGCUUGAAUAUAUACAACCUGAGAUUCUGCGAAUAAAACUUCAGGAGCCUUUGCUUGUUCUUGGUAAAGAUCGCUAUCAGGAUGUUGAUAUUCGUGUACGAGUUAAAGGAGGUGGUCAUGUAGCUCAAAUUUAUGCCAUAAGGCAAGCACUAGCCAAAGCGAUUGUUGCUUACUACCAAAAAUUUGUUGAUGAGCAAAGUAAAAAAGAAUUGAAGGACCAGUUAGUGCAGUAUGAUAGAAAUUUACUUGUCGCUGAUCCUCGUCGUCGGGAACCGAAGAAAUUUGGUGGCCCAGGUGCUCGUGCCCGUUAUCAGAAAUCAUACCGUUAA